AUGGGUUCCGGCACCGGUGCUAAGGAAGCCGCCGGAUCCAAGCAAACGGCGAUGAGAAGAUCUGGCGGAGUGGCUUCUACUUGGGAGAGAAACUACAGGCGGGUUUUACUCUCUCACCUCCGCCGGUCGCGCCACACUUGUUCCUCCCUCUCUCCUCACCAUGUCUCCGCUCCGGAACGGCCCUCGAUCCCGCUCGGCCUUUUCCAAUCCCAAUCGUUUUCCACUCCCACGGACCUCGAAUCGGAGCUCACUCGACUCAGAGACGAUUCGAUCGCUGGUGGUCAUGGAUUAGGGUUUCAAGAUUUUGGACAAGAAAUGAUCGGAGCUGGCGCGACGAACCAUGACCUGUUGACCCGACAUGUAAUCUCGUUGCUUGAUUCAUAUCAUGACCUCACUGGAUUGCCAUGGUGGGUCGUUAUUGCUUCGUCUACUGUGGCUUUUAGAAUGUCACUGCUUCCUGUACUCAUUUUGCAGCGCAAGCAAACUAAAAGGAUUUCACACUUCUUACCUCAGUUACCGCCUUUCUGGCCACCAAAGGGUUCAGGAAGGAAUCUUGUUGAGCAAUUCAAGCUGUUCCGGAAAGAAAGAAAAGCUCUCGGAUGCCCUUCAUUUUUGUGGAUUCCUUCUUAUUUCGCCAUCCAGAUUUCAUGUUUUUUCUUGUGGAUCAGUAGCAUUAGAAGAAUGUCACUUGAUCAUCAUCCUGGAUUUGAUACUGGUGGAGCUUUAUGGUUCCAGAAUUUGACUGAAAUUCCCAACGGUCUUUUUGGUCCACUUUAUCCCUUUUUAAUAGCUGGUUUGCAUUACACAAACACACAGAUAGCUUUUUCAGCAUCCUCAGUUCACAAAUUUGAUAAAUUCGAGGAAUUGACGAAAACGUACAAGAUAUUUUUUAAUUUUUUGACAUUUGCUCUUUAUUUCCUUGCAUUCCAAAUGCCUCAGGGAAGUCUGCUCUACUGGUCUACCAAUUUGUCAUUCAGCAUAGCUCAGCAAUUAGUCCUCAAGCAUCCUGUUGUAAGUGCGAAGUUGGGCCUACAAGGAAAUGACACUGUCCAGAAAGAGGCUGGAAAUCCUAUAUUAACAAAUAUAAAUGAAGCGAAACUCACUGAUCCAUCUUUGAAAGGACCCUUGAUCUCGGGGCAUAACUUAACCCCUAAGGAGUUAGUUGGUCUUUCUGCGAAAUACUUAUCUGGAGGGCACAAGGAAAAAUCAAUUCCGCUAUUAAGAUUGGCAUUAGAAAAGGAUCCUGAAUAUCUUCAAGCUAUGGUUAUUCUUGGCCAGGCUUUAUAUCAGAAAGAACAGUUUGCUGAAGCUGCAAAAUACCUGGAGCAAGCUGCUUCAAAGCUUAUUGAUGCCUGUCCAACAGAAGUUGAAGAAGUCGAUCUUUUAAUUGUUGCAUCCCAAUGGGCAGGUGUCUCCAAUAUCCGCCAGGGGAAGACAUCAGAGGGAAUCAUACACCUUGAAAGAGUAGCAAACAUGGAAGAGCCCGAUGAUCCCAAGAGCAAAGCUCAUUACUUAGACGCAUUGGUACUCUACUCAAGUGCUAUAUUCAACGAAGGAAGGAGAGAGGAAGCAGCAAAGCACUUGAGAAGAGUGGUGGCCUAUGAUCCAUCGUUCAAGGAAUUAUUGAAACAAUGCGAAGAAGACGAUUCCAUUCCCGUUACCACCUCCACUUCUUCUUCUGCCAAUUCCACCCACAAAACUUCAUAA